CAUGGCGGACGAAGAAGAGGAAGAUAUUGAAAAUGGCUACGACGCUCUUGAAGAAAUCCAACCUUACAGCGAGUCAGAAACAGAGAGCUCUAGUUSUGAAGCUGGAAGCGAUGAUGACGGAGGUACGAGACCUAUCAAUAUCACGUACGAUCCAGCAUUACCAACUAGACAUGAGUAUUUAGGACAAGAGAUGGAUGAGUUUAGUGGCAGAACUGUCUUAGAACCAAACAACGUCAUAGAGCUACCUUUGAUGGUGUUUCCUACAGUCGUCCUUGUGCCAGGACAGACUCUACCUUUACAUCUCUUUCAUCCACAGGCAGUGUCAAUGAUGAAAAACGUCAUAGAUAAGGAUCGGACAUUUGGCUUGGUCAAUUCAAAACACGGAGUAAGUCAGAAUGAACUGAAAGAAUCUAUAGGAACGACAGUAGAAAUCUUUUCCAUGAAGGAAGAAGUGGAAGCUGGAAUAACAACCAUGAUAAUUAAAGCCACUGGUCGACAGAGGUUCAAGAUUGUAGACUUAAGAAGACAAGUGGAUGGAAUUCUUAUGGCAAAAGUGUAUAUAUUACCUGAGAUAAUGUUGUCUUCACACCCAGAAGGAGGCCUUAUCUCUUGCUAUCACAAGUCUGGUUGCCAAGCAACAUGUAAUGGUAGUCUAGAGAGAUCUAGGCCCACAUUUAGUAAGUCAAGACUUGGUUCUACAAGGAGGAACAUGAUCAAUACGAGYUUGAGCAGCUGGCCGGCUUGGGUCUACAAACUUUAUGAUCCAUUCACGUUGAUGGAUGAAGUUAAAAAAGAAUUACAAAGAUGGAGUCAAACAAUAAGGCUAGAUAAUGUCCCCAAGGACCCCAUAGAUUUUUCGUACUGGGUUGCAGCCAACCUCCCUUUGGAUGACAGCUUAAAGCUUGAGUUGCUGUACGUUGAUUCCACAACAGAAAGGCUGCGUAAAGAACUCAAAAUGAUGUAUAGGUGUAGUGUUUUGUGUUGUGGUGAUUGUAAUACUACUAUUUGCUACAAAAAUGAUUUAUUCUGUAUGUCACUUGAUGGUCCUCUAGCUGCUUACGUCAAUCCUAGUGGAUGGGUACAUGAGACAUUGACAUUUUAUAAAGCCACUGGAGUGAGGCUAAGAGGGCGACCUACAGCUGAAAAUAGCUGGUUCCCAGGGUACGCAUGGACAAUAGCUGAAUGCAUGCAUUGCCACAACCAUCUUGGGUGGCGAUUCACUGCAGUCAAGAAAGGUCUAAGUCCAUCAAAGUUCUGGGGAUUAACACGUGCCUCGCUUAAACCAGGAAUGAGAAGUGACAAAGAUGAGGAGGAGCCACAGAGCCCUCCCCCAACACAUAUGGAAUAAACACCAAAAGAAACAAUACGUUCCCUUUUAACACAGCUGGUUUAGUUUCGAAUGAAAGGUGCAUCUGUCUUUAGCAGCCAAACGUUUGACCAUAGUUAUUGGAGUAGAAUGGUUUGGAAACUCCAUAGAACAAAGCUAUUGUUUUGCGUUUGAUGUUGAACCGUACUAUCACGUGAUACUAACCCUGCACAAUGGACCAAAGCAAGUAUGGCUGAAAAUACUAAUUUCCUUAUUAACAAUGGAUAAAGUCAAACAAAAACCUAGAACAAUAGGUUUCCCAAACAUUCCGCUCGAUUGACUAUGCUUUGACUGCAAAAUAACGUUGAUUCCAAAACGAAAGAUACGAAAACUAAGAUUUUAAAUAUUCCAAACUAAAGUUCAAAUUAUUAGACUUAGAAAGUCAAUAUAGCACGAUAGGAAUAUUUCAGUAUUUAAACCAUAGUAGUUUAUACAAUUAGUUUUAAACCAUAAAGUUAUAGGUGACGUACAAAUGCUGCCCGACCCCCUCCCCUUUCGGUGGAGGUUUUUCACCAGAGACGAUGGGAAUUGGGGUGGGGUGAGCAACCAGUACGUAUAAGGAUAGCAUUUUAUAUAUUCAUUUUUGUAAGUAAAAGUAUAAAUAUAAGUAUAAAUGUAUCGAGAAAAUAAAAUGUUGUCUUAGUUGAA